UCCAUCUGCACAACACGAACAAUCAUAAGGCCAUAGCAAUAUAAAUGAAGAAAAAAAAAAGUACAUCGCAUGUGUUCCGCCAAAAAUAUUUGUUCGUUCUAGUGUGUUCUGAAAAAAGUGAUUGUGUUAUAUCAAGGCAAAGGUUUUAACAUACAGCCAAUUAAGGGUUUAAGUUCAGUGUAUUUUUUGAUAAUGAGCGAGCUAGAGCAGCUGGCGGUACGUCUGUUCGACGCCGGCGCGGUCAGACUGGGCGACAUCGAAGCCAAACUCGGCCGACACACGCCUAUCUACUUUGACUUGAGGGUCGUGGUCUCUCAUCCCCAGCUUAUGAACACAAUCUCAAAACAGCUCCUUAAGUUGGCUUCAGAAAUAGAGCACGACAUCCUGUGUGGCGUGCCCUACGCCGCCCUGCCAUUCGCCGCCGUGAUGUCAGUUACCAGCGGCACACCAAUGAUCAUGAAGAGAAAGGAAACAAAAAUGUACGCGACCAAAAAGAUCUUGGAGGGAGUCUUCGAGAAAAAUCAAAUAUGUCUUGUAGUAGAAGACGUAGUGACAUCUGGCGGUAGCUUGCUUGAAGCAGUUGCUGCGUUGAGGAGCGAAGGUCUCGUAGUAAACCAUGCCGUCGUAGUUCUUGAACGACAACAAGGUGGCGCUGAUGUCUUAAAUGCAAAUGGCGUCGAGGUGAAAUCGUUGUUUACUAUGACGAAUUUGGUAGAAAUACUCAGGAACGCAGGGAGGAUUAGUGAAGAAACCGUAGAAAUCGUGUCUGAUCAUAUUAGGGAAUGCCAGUUUGGGCCGAAUGAAGUCUUAGAAAGGUAUAAUGAAAAGAACGACCGAAGCGUGCCUGCCGUCUAAAUAACCUCAAUACUUAUAUAAUAAUAAUUAUUAGCAAUAAUUUUUUUGAUAUGAUCAUAAUUUAUUAAUAAUUGUAGCUUAAUUAUAUUCUUGGUGUUUUUCUUGAUAGAUUACUCUUAGGUUUACAAUACAAAAUAAAAUAUUAACCAAU